AUGAGCAACCAUUGUGACGACCCCCAUUGGAAAGGCGAGAACGGCAAAAGCGAGGAUUGGUUCGACGAAGGUGGGAGGAUGAAGAUUGUGAGUCGGUCCAGGCCAAACUCAAGUAUUCUUGCUUACGAGCCAGACGAGGUGUGGUCUACAAUCAUUCCAUUCAAGGAUUGCGUAAUCGACGAACCACCCACCGACGAGGAACUUAAACACCUCAAUCCGGCACCUUCUGUAAGGCUAGACAAACCUGAAGUCCCUGCGUCCAUAGUCUUCUUGAAUGGCCUGCCUAAAGACACCAAGCAGGUCGCCAGACUGCUCCACCAACUGACGAUCCCACAAUGCCGCCCUUUCUACCUCAAUAUACUUAAGAAGCGUAAAGGAAUUAAAAGCAAAGGCAAGGAAAUCGUGAGGAAACAUCAAAGGUUCAUAAAGAUGGCCUUCGAUCAUUGCACAGCGUCCAAAAACCCCAAUCUAUAG